CGGCGUCAUGAGCUCUCCACUGCGUUGUGAGUCUCACUCAGCCCGGCCGAGCCCCAACAGACACGUUCUGGACUGGAACCAUGAGCAGCUAACUGCGCGCAGACUGUCCUCUCCAAGGAGCGUCAAUCUCCUCACACCGCCUCCCUAUCCUCGCCGUGCCUCCGCCAUCCCUGGCUAUCUGCUGCCCCCCUAUCGAGAGCAAGAGGACCUGCAGCGUCGGCGUCUCUCCUUGCCCCCUGAGGCAUCCCUGGUCAUCCCUGCGCCUCCAACUGUGGGCACCACCGCACCUUGCUGCCGCCCGGUGGGUGUCAUGCACCUCCUCCGCCUCGGACUCCUCGCCUUCAGCUGCCUCUUUUGGGCGGCCGGUUUGGCCCUCUUCACCCUGGGGGUGUGGGCCCAAAUCUCAUUGGCCGACUUCAUGCUGCUGAGUGCCAACCGCUACCCCAACGCACCCAUCAUCCUCCUGACCACAGGGGCCGCUGUGACCGUCUGGGGCUUUCUGGGUUGUCUCGGGGUGGCGGCCAACCUUCCCUAUUUGCUGCGGGCUUACGGCUUCUUUCAGCUGGCCGCGCUCAUCGCAGGAUUGGCCGCCGGACUCAGUGGGCUCUUCUAUCGGGAAGACAUCGCCGGAGGAUUUCGGAGCGGCCUACAGCGAGCGGUGGCCGGGUACACUGAGGACGAGGGCCGUGCCGAUGCGCUAGACAGCCUACAGCGAACGCUAGAGUGCUGUGGCGCUGAAGGUUGGCGCGAUUGGCUCACUUCGGACUGGGCGUUUCAACACAUGACCUUCCUACCCACUGAGAACGGAACCCUGGGGUCCUUGCCAGACAGCUGCUGCAUGAGGCGCAAGGGUUGCAGGAACCGACCCUUGCCGGCGGACGAUAACGAAGGAGUGCUCGCCGCGGGCAUCCACCCCCACGGAUGCUUCCGGAAAGUCUUCAGCUUGGUCAACGACAACGUCUUCCACAUCGCUGCCACUGUGCUGGGAUUGGCCUUCACCCAAAUCGGAGGCAUCGCGUUGGCGUGUUUGUUGGCCAAUAGGCUAGCGCCCAGACAACAUCAACGCAUUGUGGCAAAUUAAUACAAAAAAUAAUUUUUUUUUUACCUGCAGUUUUAAACCUAACACGGUGCUUCCACGGGUUGUCGUACAAGCCUCUUAAUGAUAAUGACAUUUUCCUUGGCUAUGAAAGUGCAUGAAAUACAUGACAAACAAAAAAUUACAGUAAUUGCAUGUCAGACUAUUUGUGAUGAUUGCUUGCGAUGCAACUAUAUACAUUUCUGUGUGUUGUGCUGUGAAGUUAAAAAAUGUAAAAAUGUUUACAUCCUGUUAUCCUAGCCUAGCAAUACAGUUGCCUUUGUUCUACACACUUUGUCCAAUCUGAACAUACCCAUUUUCAAAUAUGUUUUUAGAGCUACUGGUGUGUUUUGGGACACGCUUUUUCUGUCAAUUUUUACUUCCUUAUUUAUUUUUAUAUUACUCAAUAUGCUAU